GUUGUUGUGCAGUUGUUGGCCUAUUUGGCACUUUGGCUGGCUGAUUUGUUGUUUUCUUGUUUUCAUAACAAAAAACAAAAGAAAAAGACUUCUUUAUUAAAAAUUUUCCACUUGCAAAUUGGCAUAGACCAAGCGGAAAAUGAUAAGCUUUGAAAAAUACAAAUUGCCAUUAUAUGAAAAUGCUUCUUAAAAUACGUCACGGUAUUUUGGAAAUAAAAAACCAUCCAAAUACUCGGAUCUCGGCAAUAGUCAUAAAUGAUGAAAUCAUCCUUUCGUCUGGAAGUAUUCUAGAACCCUACAUUCAACCCCUGGGGGUAGGAGAACAAUGUCCACACUCGAAAAUUAUCGAUGAUCUUCAAAACAACUUGCUUAUCAAUGCCCAGGAAGAAUCUGACGAAUCGAAAUUUCUCAACUCACUCAAUUAUCAAAUAACCUUUGAUCAAAGAAGUCUAGUGAAUCAACCUCAGGUCUUAAGUCGACAUUGUGCUAAAUUACUUUAUCUAUUUAGCUGCAAAGAAGUGUCACAGUACAUUCGCCACAUUUGCGCAACAGGUGCCCAUUUCAAUGACUUACAAAAAGAGUGCUUCUUGGGAAGUUUCGUCGUUCUAUCGCUUCAGGGAAAAGACGAAAAAACUACCUUCCAGCGAUUCAUAGCCCAAAUCAAGCACUAUCUUACUUUUCUCUACAAAGUUGAAAAGUUGGACGAUGUCCUCACUAUUUGUACUCCCUUUGGAAUGGAAGAGUUCUAUAAAACCAUCAAUUUUGGUAAAAUAUCAAAUUUGAUUAGUUCCAAUGGAAGCUUGUUCGUUUUGUCCAACACUCUGCCAGUGGGAUGUGAAGGUUCAGCUGUUUUCAAUGACAAACUCCGACUUGUUGGAAUGAUUAUUUGCACAACUUUCCAACGGCAAGACAAGAAUGUUACUCUUACCCUUGCGGCAGGUUUUUCUUAUGUUAUGAGAGACUUUUUGCAGAAAAUAGGAAUAAAUGUUAGGUCCAUUGAAUUAGAGAGAAGGGUGUCAAGUUUUCAAUGGGAACGUAGUCUGGUCGUUGUGAUGACAAACAACCAACAAUGCACUGGAACUCUGGUUAAAAUCCUCAAUAAGCCUUUAAUCCUAACUUGCUCACAUGUUAUGCAAAAUGACAAUUCACCAAUUGCCUGCCGAAGUGCCUAUGGAAAUUUCCAAGCUGAAUUAGUCUGGAAAAAUCCCAACAUAAAUCAACCUUUUGAUGUGGCCCUCCUUAGACCAAGCUUACACAUUCCUAAUAAAUAUUUCGUUAAACUCGCAACAACCAGACCGCAUUCUGGUCAAAUGAUCUACAAUGCUGGAUUUCCGUUCUUUAUCAAUUAUCAGCAUGAUUUUAAUCCUUCGAUAUUUCAAGGUAGAAUAAUUAAGUACUCACCAGAAACAAUAAUCUCCGAUGGUUGUGUACAAGAUGGACAAAGUGGUGGGCCGAUGUUUGAUAAAAACGGGUGUGUUCUUGGAAUUUGUGUGAGUAAUUUAAAAUCGGAUGAUGUUAUUUUUCCGAAUUGUAAUACAGCCGUUCCGAUUAUUGGUAUUCGACAUACUUUAGAGCAGUAUGCAAAAACAGAUGAUGUAACAAUUUUGAAUAAUUUGGUAACAAAAGACACAUCGCCGUCGUCGUUGUGGCCGGCAACAUCAACGAUUCAAAGCAAACUUUAAAGACAUAUCUUUUUAAUAGUGUGAUAAAAAAACAAAUUAAACAAUAAGCAAUAUUAUUAUAAUGGUUUUUAUAUUUUAUUAAUUCGUUAAAUAAAAAUUUGGAUAUAUUUCAAUAA